UGCAAAAACAGACUAGAGCCAGAAACGAUCGCGAAAACAAAGGGAACGAUCGCGAAAAUAAAGGGAACGAUCGCGAUUGUAACGCAGGGACGUCGUCGCCGGCAUCGCCAACCAGGAGCGAUUGCAAAUCAGUGCCGCUGUCGCACUUUGCCGGAGAGCCGGCCGAUCGCGAGCCACCGCCUUCUGCCGCCGAGCAACGCCACCGUUUCCAUCGCUGAUCGUCGGAUCAAGGCGCGGCCGCACAAAAUCGCCGGAACAGAUCCGGAGAGGGGAAUCGAAGAGUGAAAAUGGCGGCGAUUUACAGUCUCUACAUCAUCAACAAAUCAGGAGGCCUUAUUUUCUACAAGGAUUAUGGAUCAGCUGGAAGAAUGGACACCAACGAUAGCUUGAGGUUGGCGAGUCUUUGGCAUUCGAUGCACGCCAUUUCUCAGCAACUUUCUCCAAUCAUGGGAUGCUCGGGCAUUGAACUCCUUCAAGCCGAUACCUUUGAUCUCCACUGCUUCCAAUCUCUCACUGGGACAAAAUUUUUUGUGGUUUGUGAGCCUGGAACACAGCACAUGGAACCUCUCUUGAAAUAUAUCUACGAACUGUACACUGAUUACGUUUUGAAGAACCCUUUCUAUGAAAUGGAGAUGCCAAUUCGAUGUGAGCUCUUCGACAUCAACUUGGGGCAGGCAGUACAGAAGGAUCGCGUUGCAUUAUUAGGAAGAUAGAUUUUCUGUGCAUCAUAUGUGGUUGACAAGUUGGGUCUUCUUUCUUUUACUAUAUUUUGGAGGUUAGAUUAUUUACUGUGUGUGAAUUAUCAACAAGUUUGCUGAUACUCCAUAGUCAUUUGAUACUGUUUUCUUUAUAUUGGAGAAAAUCAUGGCUCUUGUGAUUUAAUUUGUUUUCACAAUUUGGGCGGAGGAAUUUAGUGUUGAUCAAAGUAAUUGUUUGAUCAUGGCUCCAUGAAGACUUGUUGCUGUGCUACUCUUCUGCUAUAAUAGUUUCCAAAUUUUACCAUCAAA